AUGGGUACUUUUUCUACAGACUAUUGGGCUCCUGCGCUUGAUAAUAAAUCUCGUCGUCGCAUAACAGAAACGGAAAGCAAAACAAUUGCAACUUUUAUUGAUAACCAUGGUAAAGAAAAUAAAGAAAUAAAGACAAAAUCAUCAUCAAAAUAUGGUGUUUGUGAGAAACAUUGUAUUGGUAAAGGUGCAACAGCUGUUGUUCGUCUUGCUCAUAAAUUUGAUAAUUCAACUUGUGAAAGAAUUUAUGCUGUCAAGAAAGUUGCAAGUGAAUUUUGUAUAAGUUCUACUCUAGAUCACGUAAAUAUUGUUAGAACUAUAGACUUACUUCAAGAUGAGCAUCAUAAUUGGUCAAAUCAUAUGACUUCUUUAGAAAUAGAUUGCUGCUUUAAACAACUUAUAAUGGGAGUUAGUUAUCUUCAUUCAAUGGGAGUUGCUCAUAGAGACAUAAAACCUGAAAAUUUAUUGUUGGAUGUAAAAGGAAAUUUAAAAAUUACAGAUUUUGGUGUAUCCGAUGUUUUUAGAACAUGCUGGGAGGAAGAAAUCCAUAAAUCUAAAGGCUUGUGUGGAUCUGAACCAUAUAUUGCUCCUGAACAAUUUGAAACCAAAGAAUAUGAUGCUCGUUUAGUAGAUAUAUGGGCAUGUGGAAUUGUAUAUUAUUGCAUGAUGUAUCAAGGUAUUCCAUUUAGAAUGGCAACAUCAACAGAUCUGAAUUAUUUAAGUUAUUUGGAAGCAAGAAGUACUGGAUUGUAUGAGCCAUUUGAAAGGUUGUCAAGUGGUUGUCGAAAUUUAAUGUACCGUAUUCUUGAACCGGAUGUUAAGAAACGUGUAACCACUGAAGAUAUAAAAAACGACAAAGAAUGGUUUCAAUCAAUUGAAUCUUGUGUUGAAUUAACAUCACCAUCAUCUGAUAAUAAUAAUUGUUCUUUAACAAAAAAACAUUAUCAUAUUCCACCUGAAAAUUUAAAAUCAAUAUCAUCAUUGGCAUAA